AGGUGCGACGGUUGCUGGCAUUUCAUUGAGCUCGUUUUUUUUUCUUCUUUGGCGCUCUACACUCAACGUACCCACAACUUGAGUUCUUCAACAUCCAGCAUUCAAACGAAAGUGUUUUUCAUCGAAUGCCGACAAGAGCUGGCACAGAGGCACGCCGAAGCAUCUCCAGCAGUCUCCUGGAGAGCCACCUCCUGCAAGCACCACACAAGCCCGAGUUGCUCUACAAGGUGGUGGGCUGGAUCUGGUCGAGUCUCGUCUACGCCGCGGUCCCCGACGGUGCGGCGGACCUCGGCGACGGACACGUUCCCGCGUCUUUCGUCACCGAGCUCAGUCAUGCCGGUGGAGAGACCGACUGCGCAAAACUCGCACCUGCCACCGCGCCCGCUUCUGCCGGUGUGCAAUUGGAGGCACAGGCGCUGCCUCUGGAGCCGUCGUCUUUCGGCACCUUCGCCGCGUCACCGCCGCGCCUCAGCGGGGUGGCGCCAAGCACGCAUGACGGACUGGCGACGCCGUACGCCGAAGAAACGUUAGUCGGGCAGGUCUUCAGCAGUGGGGCGAUGGUCUCGAGCGAUGGGGAGGAGAUGGGCAGCCACAGCCUGGGCAACACGAACGCCUUCGAUGCUACGCUGACGGCGACUGCCGCAACUGGGCACUCCAUCAUCACCGCCUCCACCGCGCCGAGCUCCACGGAGGAAUCACCGCUGUCGGUGAGUACUCAGUACGCCCCGUUAGUGCAGCUAAGUCCACUGGUCCUUCGCCUCUUGCUGUGGUGGGCCGGCCGGCCGCUGUUGCCUUCCCUGCACGGCGAUCCUCCCGGUGUCGGCGAUGCGGCGGGGUCAGCGAGGGGCCUGAUGAAGGAUAGCAACGACAGCAGCGGAGGCGAGUACGUGCUGACGCAGCAGCGAUGUCAGCGGGACGCGGAGGAGGUGCACCGGCUGCGGUUGCGGAUGGCAGAAAUUUUCGGACUGCUGUGCCGUCGAGGAUUCGGCGUGGUCGUCUCCGAUGCGCUCGUGUACGGCGGUUGUCACGACGCAUCGGAAGCCGCGGCUGGACGGUGCAAGUUCGUCUUUGGCAGCUGCCCGGAUGCCGCGUGGCGCACCGCCACCUCUACGGCUGCGGUCAAGCUGAGAAACAGAGCGGAGAGCACAGGCAGCGGCCUGGCCGAGUUCCCGCUCGACUUGCUCGCCCCCUCUGUUGGUAGAGGCGACGCGGCGACGGAGAACGGCGGUGUGCCGCCACGCUACGAUCUCGACCGACUGUUGUGUGCUUUGGUUCGUCUGCACACCCCCCACAAUGACACUGCCGCGUGCGAGGCCGACGUCACGGCGGCAGGGCAGUUGCUGCGGUCCCUUCUUCGCUGUCCGCGCUUGCACACGCGAAUCGUGCGCCUGUUCGACAGCGACAGACCACCAACAAAGCAUGCGAAACCGGUCUUUGGCAACGUGCUGUCCACGACGCUUCUGAGCUCGCUAAACAUAUCGCCGCAUUCAAGGGCCUCGCGGCAAACGGGGCGCCCCCCAGCUGGCGCCAACGAAGAGGAAGAAGAGGAAGCGGCUGCCAGCAGCUUACGUCUGCAGUCUUUCCUACCUGCUUUGACACAUCCCUCACCCGUCAUCUCGUCCGAAGCGUGGCACACCAUUGGAGUGCUGUUAUUCCCUUCUGCGAGCUUGACGACAGCGACGCGGCAGCUGCUCCAGCGCACGCCGGAGUGUCCGGUGCAGCGCCUUCUUGUGGCGGCGCUGGCACUACCGGGAGAGGAGCCGACCACUCCGCAGAGUAUGUCAGCACCGCUGCCACCACCACUACCAUGGACGCAGUCGUCGCACCCGAUGGCACGCAACAGCGCCCUGCGCGUUCUCCACGUGCUCUGCGUAUCGAAAGACGUCUCCCCAGCGUCGCAGCUGCUCAUUACCCAGUGUCCCGCACUGCUGUGGCGUGUCCUGAAGCUGGCCGCAGAGCUCUGCCAAGGCAACCCAGUGGCGAACAUGGCACUCGUGCGACAGGUGCUCGCCGACUACGUGAUGUCAGCCAUGCUGCCGUCCACGACGAGACACGCCACCACCGCUUCCUCCGGCGUGACGCCAGUGCAGCUCCUGCUGCGCCGCAACGGCGACGCCCUGUCACGUCUGUUCGCUUCCACCAACGCCCAGUGGGGUGCGAGAGGUGGGGUGGCCCUGCUACCCGACGACAGCGGCGGCGACUACGCGGAGGCCACCACGACCGCCGAGUACGACGAGGCAGACCUGCAGCGGGCGGUGCAGACGCUGCAGAUGUGA